UUUGAUUCACAGAUACAUUGCAAAUGAUUACCAUAACAGGGUUAGUUAACACCUCCAUCACCUCACAUAAUUACCUUUUUUUUUGUUUUUGUUUUUGUGAUGAGAAUAUUUAAGAUUUACUAUCUUAGCAACUUUUUUUUUUUCAGGUUUUAAAACUUUUUAUUUGCAUAUUAAAAAAAUUGUGCAUUCCAAUAAUUAAAAUCAUUUGAACAACAACAACAAAAAAUGGCACUGAUUAAACUGCAUUUUACAGCCCGCAGGACACCCUGGACCAGCUUGCUCUUUACUCUAGAUUUCACUGUCGUCCCACCCAGCCUCCUUCACCAACAUACAAGUUCUUUUCCUUCCCUGCCAGCCAGACAGGCGGAUGGGAAGCAGGCGCGGCCUUCGUUGUCAGUAGUUCUCCAUUCUUUGAUGUGAAAAAGGGCAGCACAGUCAUUUAAACUUGAUCCAACCUCUUUGCAUCUUACAAAGUUAAACAGCUAAAAGAAGUAAAAUAAGAAGGCAAUGCUCGUGGAAUGUACAGUGCAUAUUGGCGGCGCACGCCUCAUUACGACUCGCCUGCUUGCUUCUCCUGUUCAGUCGUUUCUUGUGAAGGCAGUGGAUUUUUCUCUUUCGUUUCUGUUUUCUUCAGUUUCGACUUAUCGAAUUUCUCAAUCUCAGCCAUAUCGGGUUUGUCAGACAUGGCUGCAGAGGAAGCGGAGCGAGUUACGAGCGAACGAGGUCCGACCUGCGCAGUGGUCGCCGCCGAGUCUAUCUUAGCAACUUUUGAGUAUACAAUUGGGAGUCCUCCUCUUGAUCCUACGGAGCAUUUUCUUCCUGAAGAAGAGAAACUUGCUGAACAAGAGAGAUCAAAAAGAUUUGAGAAGGUUUAUACUCAUAACCUAUAUUACCUGGCUCAAGUCUACCAGCACAUGGAAAUGUUUGAGAAGGCUGCCCAUUAUUGCCAUAGUACCCUAAAACGCCAGCUUGAGCACAAUGCCUACCAUCCUAUGGAGUGGGCUAUUAAUGCUGCUACCUUGUCACAAUUUUACAUCAAUAAGCAAUGCUUUAUGGAGGCCAGGCACUGUUUAUCAGCUGCUAAUGUCAUUUUUGGUCAAACUGGAAAGAUCCGAACCACAGAAGACAGUAAGUUUAGGUCUACUGAAGCUGAAGGAGAUGUGCCAGAGCUUUAUCACCAAAGAAAAGGGGAAAUAGCAAGAUGCUGGAUCAAAUACUGUUUGACUCUCAUGCAGAAUGCCCAACUUUCCAUGCAGGACAACAUAGGGGAGCUUGAUCUUGAUAAACAAUCUGAACUUAGAGCUUUAAGGAAGAAAGAACUAGAUGAGGAAGAAAGUGUUAGGAAAAAAGCUGUGCAGUUUGGAACCGGCGAACUGUGUGAUGCCAUCUCUGCAGUGGAAGAGAAAGUGAGCUAUUUGAGACCUUCAGAUUUUGAAGAAGCCAGAGAGCUUUUCUUAAUGGGUCAACACUAUGUUUUUGAGGCAAAAGAGUUCUUUCAGAUUGAUGGUUAUGUCACUGACCAUAUUGAAGUUGUCCAGGACCACAGUGCUCUGUUUAAGGUGCUUGCAUUCUUUGAAACUGACAUGGAGAGAAGGUGCAAGAUGCAUAAACGCAGAAUAGCUAUGCUAGAGCCCCUAAUUGUGGACCUGAAUCCACAGUAUUAUUUGUUGGUCAACAGACAGAUUCAGUUUGAAGUUGCACAUGCUUAUUAUGAUAUGAUGGAUUUGAAGAUUGCCAUAGCUGACAAGCUGAGGGAUCCUGAUUCACACAUCGUGAAAAAAAUAAAUAGUCUUAAUAAGUCAGCAUUGAAGUACUACCAGCUCUUCUUAGACUCCCUGAGAGACCCAAAUAAAGUAUUUCCUGAGCAUAUAGGGGAAGAUGUUCUUCGCCCUGCCAUGUUAGCUAAGUUUCGAGUUGCCCGUCUCUAUGGCAAAAUCAUCACUGCAGAUCCCAAGAAAGAGCUAGAAAAUUUGGCAACAUCACUGGAACAUUACAAAUUUAUUGUUGAUUACUGUGAGAAGCACCCUGAAGCUGCCCAGGAAAUAGAAGUUGAACUAGAACUUAGCAAAGAGAUGGUCAGUCUUCUUCCAACAAAAAUGGAGAGGUUCAGAACCAAGAUGUCCCUGACUUAAUAAUCCUUGUUUUUAAAUGACAGAAAAUGUGCACUAAUGGAUUUUUUUCCCCUUAUUCAAACAGGCCCAAUUCCAUUAUGAUGUCUACCUUCAUAGCCAGAUGAGUGCUGUUUGAACUUGAAAUAGACCAAUUGAGUUUUUGCUAGGACCUUAAUCAACAAUAAUUUAUACCUAACUAUGUAAAUAAAUUGCCUUGUUAAAGUGACAUGUGAUUGGUAUUUAGAUUGCUCGUUUCCUAUUUAAAUAUAAACCUUUUCUGCCUCAUUUUCUAAAAGUAGGUUCUUUGUUGGCUAAUACUUGAUGGAUUCAUUAUAAAGGAAAAAUGCUGGGUAAUAUACCUGGUGGGCAAGCUGUUACUGUAUUAAAGUUGAAAAAAUAACUUCUUGUAGUUAUUCUUCCCAAAAUAUUUGCUUUCCUAAAUUCCCAAAGAAAUCUUUCCCUUCUGGAAUAUUAAAAAAACUAAGUUAUGUUGUAAAAUAUUGUAGUUUGUUUCAUUAUAGAGGAAGAAGGCCAUGUUGGAAAUAUAAUAAAUUGACUUGCUUCACUAAUA